AGAUGUCGGUAGCGAAAGUCGAGAACCGCCUCCACAUCUUCACAGAAAUGCUCAAGGAAGGCUCCUUAAAGUUCAGGUGGGAAGCUAUUUGCCGUCCUCCCAACGGUUUGUGCUACAUACGGUUACGGAACCGAACGAUGAUUCACCCCGUAUCGGACGGAUAUAUGUGGGAUGGUAUCGAAGAGAUGGAGACCAACUUCUCGGACUACAUGAAAGGCCAUAGCAAGAACGGUGGCAAGGAUGUCCCUUUCGAAAACAUGACCGAAAAAUCCAGGAUGGUCAAUACAGCGAG